ACCCCUUCCUAUAACUACUUAGCUAUUUAAAUAACACCCUAGGAAACAAGAGGUUCUGGUCAGCUUCCCGGGGAGUUUCUGCAGGACUCUGGAGAGGGAGCUGUAGAAUGAUGGCGUUCGCUCUGAAAUUUUGCCUGAUUUUGGCUGGGCUAUGCAGCCUGGUCCCUGGCCGCCUAGCUGAGGAGCUCCCAGACAGUGAAGACACUGCAGAUCCACUCUCUGCCAGUCACAGAAUUUCCCCCUAUAUGGCUGAUUUUAGCUUCGAUUUCUACAGGCUGCUGGUUUCUAAGUCCAACACCACCAACAUAUUCUUCUCUCCAAUGAGCAUCUUCACUGCCUUUACCCUGCUGGCUCUUGGGGCCAAAUCAGCCACUCAUGAUCAGAUCCUGCAUGGAUUGGGUUUCAACCUCACUGACAUUUCAGAGAAAGAAAUCUUUGAGGGCUUCCAGCAGCUUCUCCAUACACUCAAUCUACCUGGAAAUGAGCUUCAACUGACCACAAGCAAUGGCCUGUUCAUAGACAAAAAGCUGAAACUUGUAGAGAAGUUUUUGGAAGACAGCAAGAAACUCUAUGCUUCAGAUACCUUCUCUACAAAUUUUGAAGACAAGGAGGCUGCCAAGAAACAAAUCAAUGACUAUGUGGAGAAGGAGACCCAAGGAAAAAUAGUGGAUUUGAUUCAGGACCUCCACCCUGAUGCCGUCUUCGUUCUGGUAAAUUGCAUUUUCUUUAAAGGCAAAUGGGAGAAACCUUUUGAAGCAGAGCUCACUACGGAACGUCCCUUCCACGUGGAUGCUGAAACAACCGUACCUGUUCAAACAAUGAGCCGCCUAGGCAUGUUCCAGGUGACUUACGACGAUGAGCUAGCCUGCUGGGUUGUGAUGAUGGACUAUCUGGGAAACGCAAGUGCCUUUUUUAUACUGCCAGACACAGGGAAGCUAGAACAGGUGGAGACUGCCUUGAGCAAAGAGCAGUUUCAGAAGUGGUCAAGAAACUUGAAUCGCAGGGCAAUUACUUUAUAUUUUCCAAAAGUUUCCAUCUCAGGAAGCUAUGAUCUGAAGGUCCUAAGUGAUAUGGGCAUCACACACGUAUUUGGAGAACAGGCGGAUCUCUCCGGAAUCACAGAGCAAGCAAAGCUGAAGCUUUCCCAGGCUCUGCACAAGGCUGUUUUGAACAUCGAUGAAAAAGGAACUGAGGCUUCAGGGGCCACUUAUUUGGAAGCAAUACCUAUGUCCAUUCCCCCUACCGUUGACUUCAACAGGCCUUUUUUGAUUGCCAUUCAUGAAACAAAAACAAAGAGCACACUUUUCAUGGGGAAAGUUGUGAAUCCUUCUGGAAAUUAACUUCAGCAAUCUCUGACCCCCAAGAUCUCUCAGUGUUUGCUCCUCUACAACAGAAUAAAGCAGCAGCAUCCUCCUCACACCUGCA